AGGGAAGCGCGAUUGCAAUUGCGCACGCAUCUCACACGCAAUAUUGUUGCAAUUUGUCAACAUUUACUGAUUGUUUGUUGCAUAUUAGCUCGGAAAUUGGAGACUUUACUUAGCACAGAGAAUACAAAUUCUGUAAUUUGGACUGGACAAGAUGGCCAGCUGCAAUUUUCAGGCGCAGUUGGUAUCUAUUAUGGAGGUAUUGGCUAAAGCAGCUGUAGCAGAAAUAAACAAACGAGUUGAUGAUAGCUGUGCAGUUAUACGUUUGGAAAUGACCCAAAGCCAGCGAGAUAUUGAUGUACUGAAAAGGAAGUGUCAAAUGAUGGAGGGGGAGCUGAAGAAGACACGAGUCAGGAGAAAAGUUUUUUACCCCAUGGCAUCAGCAAGAUCUUCAUACCCAGUCAAAAUAGUUUUGAACAAGCAAAGGAGUAACUCACAGUGGAGAGAUGGAGAAAUGGCUGUUGAAGAGGACUCUCAACCCCAGCCUACAGAUGUGGAGCAGAGAGCAGAGACUGAACCCAUACUGAUCAAAGAUGAAGAGACAGCAGAGGAUGUGUGGAAGACUGACCCUCAGGAAGAGCUCAGGAUCACUGGAGAGGAGUCUGGUUCCAAGCCUGGGCAACCACCAUCCUUUGAGCAACGGCAUUGUGAUAUGGACUUCAUCACACAACCCAACAUAUCUCCUGAAGACUCAGUGGAACAUUACCCCAAUUCUGAUGGUCCGGAGGAACCAGGCACACCCCAGCUCACAUCUACAGACGUUUUCAGCACAGAGCAGCACCGGCCAGAUGAGGACUCACAAGAGCUAGUGAUGGUGAAGGAUGAGAAAGAGGAGGAUCUGGAUCAGACCACGGCCCUUACAGGACCUGACCAGUUUGUCAUGGAUGAGACUGAUGGGCAGCUGUGGACCUCUGUGGAUCCAGGCAGAGAUACUGACCCUGAUGGCCACCAAAUUUUCUCAUUUCAUGCCUCAGAAGAGUACUCGCAGAAUAUCUCUUUUUUCCCAUCUCAUUGUGGGCUGCCAUCCGUUCCUACUAUGACAGAUGAUGUAGGGCCAUCGGUUCAUUCGAGAGGGAAACCACAUGCUAACAUGUUCAGUGCAGCAGCACACAUGAAAAGACAUGUCAGGACAUUGGCUGAUGAAACUAGACAACAGAUGCCAGAAGGACAGAGCAGUGAGAUGCUGAACUCAAAUAAUGAUGGAAAUAGUUUAGCUCUACAGCCAAGGCAGCAUCAGCACAGGGCUUCAGAAGCAACAGUGAGAAUGAGUGAGUGCAUGACAGGGUCAAACAUGGCCACCACCUCCACCUUCUCUGGAUACAGCCUGAGUCGCAGUAGUUUUAACAUGGUGAAGAGAAUGAGGACUCAGUGGAGGUCGGGCAGCACCACCGAGAAGCGUUUCAGAGAGAAACCGCACACCUGCGAACAGUGUGGCAGGAGUUUCACCAAGCAGUGGAACCUGAUCAGACAUGCUGUGGUCCACAGCGGGGAGAAGCCCUACGAGUGCACACAGUGUGGGAAAUGCUUCACCCGGCGCUCCAGUAUGAAGUCACAUCAGAGAACUCACAUAGGAGAGAGUCCAGUGUCUCAAAAUGUUGUACCCCGAUACCCCUUGGAUCCACAUACAAGUUUAAUGUUGUCUCAGGCCAGGUGGAAUAAAUAGGGACAUAAUUGCAUACUUUCUAUGUGAAAAUGUGGUCGGUAUUUAGAAGGUAGAGACAUUUUACAGUAUUUUUCUCCCAAUUGAUUUGUGAAAUGCUUUGUCUGUUGAUGGCUCCUCACUUUCAUUUUAACAACCUAUUUACAACUGGUAAUGUGUUUUUGCCCAACAAAAUCAUAAACAUGUUAUAUUCAUUAAAAAAAAUCAUG